AUGUAUUCAAUUUAUUUGCAGAUUAUUGAUGAAGAAAAAGAGCUCAAUGAAGUCGAUAGUCCAUUUAAAGAUGACUUGAAUACCAUAUAUUAUGAAUGCUGUGAACAAAGUAUUCAAAUUAAUAGCACACCAUCAUCAACCGAUAAAAUAUCAAAAGGAUCACGUAUAUGGCUAUCGUUCACUCUAAAAAAAAAGAGUGUGAUUGGAUUAGACAAUCAAACAAGCAAACUUUAA